AACGGCAGUGAAAGCAGCAUUACCAUUGGCUGCAUUACCAUUGGCUGCGUGAGUUGUGUUUGGCCCGGCAAGGACAUACAGGGCUGGAAUGACAUUUGUGUGAGUUAGCUAAGUAAUGCUAACUAGCUUGUUACUAGCUUUAACCUACCCGUGAUUGCCAUACAAAACCUCUCCUGGAGGAGCACUGCAUCUAGCCGGACUUCAGCGGGUUUUCCUCUGUAAAAGGUUUGUGGAGGUGGAAAACCUGCUGCUGUAGUUGGGAGUCGUCCACAGUCAUAAGGUCCUAAGAACACGGUGUGUGUGUGUCUUUGCGGCGUCCUGUGUGUUGCGGGUGAUGCCUAGCUUGUGACUGGGGUUGCCUCGGCCCCUGUGGUGAAUGGCUGUGAGCAGAGGGGGCAUCGCCUUCUGGGUGGGUUGUGUCCGCAGCCAUGGCAGAAGGCAACCCAUCACAAAACAGAGCUGGACUCUCAGCCAGGCCUUCGACUGGUUGUGGAUCCGUCAGACACGGCCCCUGACCAGUGCAUCAUGGGCCCUGGCGCCCCCCAACAGCCUGAGGUAUCAGAACAUUAAGCAGCCGGUGCUGUCCCACCCGUUCCACAAUGCCAGCCAGCCUCAGAGAGGGGGUUACUACGAAGAGGACUGGGAGGAGGCUCUCAGUGUGUGUGUGCUUGUGCGACCGGGCGAGUCGGACGGCCUCCACACCCUGCUGGAGAUCCCUCUGUUUGGUCACAAUAAACUAGGAGAGCUCCUCGCUCUGGGAGCUCACAAGUCCUCUGAGUUCUCCUUUUCCCUAACCACGGUGGAUGGCAGCAGGGAGGAUGACAUCAGCAUGGACAGCUUCAGGAGAAACGGUGUUGAUGCUGUAGAGAGAGAACAUGGCUGUUUCAGAAGCCUGUUUGAAGCGGAGAAGUGUCCUGCACCGUUCAUGUACGGCUCUCAGUUUUAUUGUUUUCAUUGCCCGGGCACAGAGCCGGUACCUGGCAGUGGGCUGAAAUCGAAGCAGGAUAUUGGACUUGACAACAAGCCUGUGGAGCUGCCUCUUCUGCAUCCUACCACUCUGUGUAGCCUUACAGAGGAGGGGCAUACUGAAGGAGACAGUGAAGGAGAGGAGAAACUGGCCACCAUGUAUGAAAGACUGAGGAUAGAGCUUCCCAGUUUCUUUAUAAAGAACCACGAUUACACCAUGUACUCGAGCGAUAUGGAAUUCAUCAAUGGCCUCUUGAAUACCAAGACCAGAGGCCGUGUGCUGUACCAGCUCACCCUCUCCCUGUGGCGCCUGCUGUGUCUUUGUUACUACGCCGAGGCUCGGCUGGAGGUGCUGAAGCUCACCAAGCACAUGGAGGACGGGACCAUUAAGGCUCGCUGGAGGAUUAGAGGCCUUCCCGUCCACUCUCUGCUGCUGCGCUUCUAUCGCAAAGACAAGACUCACCUUUACAGGUCAUAUGAUGCAUUCUCUACUUUUUACAUCGGGCAAGAUGGACUCAUUCAUUGUCAUAAAGUUGAAAAGGUGAUGCCCGCUCAGCCCCCUGUCCUUCCCGGAGUAACCUCCCUCCUGGCGGGGGCUCUGGUGGCUCUGGGGGUGCAGGAGCAUCGACCUGCUCUCAACCUGCUGCCCCUCCUCCUGUCCUCGCUUCGACAGAGCAGAAACUGACCCCAGGAUGACCAUUAGAGGAAUAACGGCCGAUGGAAUCAACAGAGUGUCCAAGGUCCAUGUGACUCUGAAAAGCUUUGUUCAUUUUCAACAUAGGAACGUUAACAUGGAAGGUUUGUUUUUUUUUAAUUCUAAAGUCUCGUGUAGUUGCCUCUGAAUUAAAACACAAAGUCAAGACCUUCCACUGCUUUUCCUUUAUCUAAAUGUAGUUUUAGCUGUUGUUGGUUAACUUGAACACAGGCUCCGGGUGUCACAGGGCUGUCAUCUCUGCCAGUCAGCUGGUGUAAUAACAGACCACCUGGUUUUUCCAACUUUCCCACAAAAAUGAAAAAAAUCUGAACAUGAGACGAAAUAAUUUCUAAAUAGAAUGUGAAACUCUGUUUUUCUGUUUUUAAGCUGAUUAUUAAACUGAUCAACUCUGCAGAUCAGAACACUGUGAUCAGACUCCACGUGACGGAACAUGAGUAACUUUGUAGCGCAGCGCUAACCUCUGCCGUAGCAUCACACAUCUCACAUGGUGCAGCCAUGUGAAGCUUGCUGCACAGCCUGCAGCUGCCAGUGAAGUCACUUCACUCUUCCUCCUCUAUAAGGAGUAGUUCAACAUUUUGGCAAAUAAGAUGAGAAGGUGGAUGUCGAUUCUAUAUCUGUGUGUUCAAGGGAAAUGACCGUACUUUUCAACCUGGGUCCUAUUGUCAUAACGGUGUCUACUCUCAUGCUAACUUUACCCUGGUUGUAGAGAGUCAGGACAUAAAUCUACAAAGUUUCAAACUUCAGCUCAAGAUAAAUAGGGCUGGGUGAUGACACUGAUUUCCCAAUUUGAUUUGAUUUGAUUCGAUAUGAAUAUGAACAACAGCAGUUCUGCUUGGAUAUGAAUGCUGUAAAUUGUUCCUUUAACCUGGUGCAUUAUUAGAAAUAUUAAUGUUUACAUUAGGAAUGAACACAAAGCAGUUACAUUAAUGCAGUUUAGACACACCUCAAGAAAUGUAAGUAAUGUGUGUUGCUAACGCAGUGCACCGGCAACAUAGUGUAUGAACAAUUAUAUAUGGCGGCUUCUAUCGGCUUCUUUUUGCACAUCUUGCAUAAGGCCAGGAACGCACUGGCUGCGUGGCGGCUGCGGAACAUCUUGGCUUUUCAUUUUGGCACUCACGUUAACGGGUUAGUGUUUGUGUGCACAAUAAACUAACGAGCUACAACAUGCUAAUCAUUCUGUGAACAGAUCCAGGCUAGGUCUGUUCCCUGCUGCUAGUCUUUGCGCUAAGCCAGGCUAACCGCGUCCUGGCUCCAGCUACGUACAGUACGUGACAUGCAGGCUUCAGAUUGAUAUCCAUCUUUUUAUGAACUAUUUUUCAGUAUCACAGUGGCUUCAUGUGGAGGAGUGAUUUUCAACCUGAGCUUGGUCCCAGGACACCUGGGACUGAUGAAGUCAGUCCCAGGGGGUUUCUGACUUCAUCAUUAACAUCAAUAUCUACUUUGUGAUGUAUUCUUUGUGUCAUGCAGUGUUUUGAGAAUCAGCUCAUUUUCAGUUCCUAGCUGUGGGUUCUGCCUGGGUCUGGGUCUGGGUCCGGGUCCAAGCACAUGUAUGGUAUAGUUGAAUAAAAUAAGACUCGCUGUGAUCUGGGCCUCUCAACACUCAAUCAUGACUUGAACUUUAACUCGAUGGGGAGAUUUUCUGGUGGGAAGUGUUGUUGACGUGAUCCUGCUGAUCAAAGAGGUUAUUUUGGUGAAGUGAAGUGAAGUGAAGCCUAUUUGUGUAAAUCACAGGUGAUGUGCGUGAUGGCAGCCUUGUGUCUUUGCUGGAACCUCUGGUUCACUACAUUUCACUAAAUACGCUCAGAGAGGGAGACACACUGAUAACACUUAGAUUAUAGAUGUUCAAAUCAGACUUUGUCACACACACACACACACUGACACUGUACAGAUCAUAUGCUAUUAAAUCACUAACGCACCAGAAAAAAAGAACAAUUGGUAAAUACAGGUACCUAAAUAAUAAUAAAAGGUUGCAGACUUAAGAUUUUUACCUGUUCCACUUCCUCCUGGCUGCAGCCCACUGCCUCCCUGAUCUAUGUCUUAGUAAUGUUGAAGCAAUGAAUCUUUCCUGGAAGGUAUUCAUGGUGCUGCCCUCAUUUGUUCACAUGAAAAGUGACAGAAGUGUGGCCACACUCGGGCUUCGUCCACACUACUACGUUUGAGUUUUAAAACUAGUCUCUUUUCCUACAUUUACUCCGGAGUUUUCCAUCUCCUAAAACAGAGACUUUCAGAAACUCUGUCGGCCCCAUUUUAUUUUGAAAACUCUGGGGUUGUGUUUUAUUUUGAAAAUUCUGAGUUUGUGUUGUAUCUGCACGGACAGAAACUGAGACCUUUGGAAACAGUGACGUCACACCCACAGUCUCUCCUGAUUGGCUCUCAUCAGCCUGGACUAGCAGUGGUGAAUACUGAAUACUGUGGUGAAUGAUAGUGAAUUACAUUGUUACUGACCGUGUUGUCUUUGCUAGCAGCUGCUGUUCACUUACAUUCUCUAUUUUAAUGCUACAACUGUCCUCUGAGCAGCUACAU